AUGGUCGCGCCGGGCACGGGAUACUGCCCGCUCCUGUUGUCCGUGGCCAAGAGGCAGCGUCAAAUGGUGCAUAUCCUGCUACAUGCGAGGGCGUGCCCAUAUCGGCGCUCUUCAGCAGGCAGCCUUCGCGGACUUUCUCCGCACGGUCUGGCGUACCAAUGGGAUGACUCAGAGACCAUGCGGGCUUUUCGAAUCCACGGGCACCAUGCCGCCGGCCCGCACCCGGCGAUCCUGCCCGUGUCUUUUUCCUUGAGCGGAAACGAAGUUGCCCUGAGUGAAGUCGGAGCCGAACAUGCCUCCGUGCUACAGCUGUGCCAUCGCAUGCCAACGGUGGGGUUAUCUGCCGAAGAACGCAGUGAUCGGGUUGCCAUCACUUACAACUCAUCCGUGUGCCCGCGGGCCCACGCAUUGGCCUUGCGGUGUGCCCUCAGUGGGGGCGACCAUGACUUGGCAGCCAACAUCCUCGAGCGUCGUCCUGACCUGAUCCAGAUGUCGGAUUAUCGAGCGUGGGGUUUUAACAACCUUCCUCUUUUGUGGGCGGUCGAGCUCGAAGCUGGUGCUGUUUGUACGCUGCUACAGGCACGGGCAUCUCCGAACGUGACGCGCGGGUCUGCUGCCCCGCUUCUUAUUGCGGCUCGACAGGGAGAUCUUUCGUUGGCCGCCAUGCUUCUCCUAGCACGAGCAGAUGUGAAUCUUGUCAGUGCCGACGGCCGCUCCGCGCUGAGCAUAGGGGCAUCCUUCCGCAAUCUUCCUCUGGUCUCGCUUCUCUUGGAGUUCCGUGCUCAUGUCAGCCCACGCCCCGAGGUUCUCUCGGCGGUAUUUCAGAAAUCGUUUCUGGGUGGCGGCAGAAGCUUCGAUCAUUGUGCCGCGGCGCUUCUGCUGCUACGUGCUGCUGGUGCCCUUCCGCACUCCGUUGUCCAUGCCGUACUCUCGGAACUCGUUCCGCAGUUCAUGGCUGAUGGCAACUGGAAAGCGAUCUUCGCGAUUCAGUGCUGGGCGCAGUCGCAGUUAGGUCUCCAACCGAAGGUUGGCUCCGACCGCAACGGUGCGUGGCUGUUGCCGCAGGAGCACGGAGUCCGUGUCACAUCGAAAGAGGACCGAGUACGGAAAAUGAGAUCGUGCAUGUAG